AUGCCUUACCACAUCAAUCCUGGAUGUGGUCCAAGAAACUACAACUUCUAUAAUGGAGGUCAGGUCCCUGCCAGCCAUGGCUUUUGCCCUCCUAUGGAUACUGGAAUGUGUAAUGGAGGAACAGGUGGCUUCAGCAGUCAAAGUGUCGGCUCCUGUGGACCUUGGCCUGCCUUCAGUAACAACUUUCCUGGAAAUGGACAUCCUGGCAAUGUUGGGGCUGGAUACAACUAUUGUGGCACUAGGCCCAACCAUUUCUUCAUGAACAAUGGAGGAGCAGGUGCUCCUGGGGAAUCACGUAUCACCUCUGUAACAUGCAACGAGUCCCUGCUGAAACCGCUCGACCUGGGAUUAGACACCGAAGCCCUAGCUGAGAAGCGUGAGACCAAGAAUGAACUUCAGAGCCUGAACAGCAAAUUGGCCAGUUUCAUUAACAAGGUCCAAUUGCUGGAACAACAUAAUCUGAUGCUAAAGACAAAAUGGGACUUUGUGCAAGAAAAGAAACAGCACAGAAGUGACAUGGAGCCCCUCUUUGAUGAUCAUACUAGCAGACUUAAGAAGGAGUUGGAGUGCCUUGAUCGUGAGAAGAAAGAGCUACAGAUCGAGCAUGAUAGUUCAGCACAGACAAUGGAGAAAAACAAAAGCAGGUAUGAGGAAGAAUUAAAUAAGCGAGCAACUGCUGAGAAUGGGUUUGUCUUACUUAAAAAGGAUUUGGACUUUGCCUUUGCAGACAAGGCAGAAUUGGAGGCCAAGGUAGAAAAAUUGGCCAAACAUAUCAGCUUCUUGAAACAUAUAUAUGCACAGGAAAUCUCUGAGCUGCAGAACUCCAUUUCUGAGACCUGUGUCAUGGUUCAAGUAGACAACAGAAGAGCCUUAGAUUUGAACCACACCAUUGAGGAAUUCCGGCGUCAGCAUGAAUACAUUGCAUCCCGAACUCGAGCUGAGGCUGAAGCUUGGCUCCAGCAUCAGUAUCAAGAGCUCAAGACUACAGCAGCAAAGAACAAUGACAACCUGAAUAAUAUCAAGGAAGAAAUUCAGGCUCUAACUCGCACUGCUCACCAACUGGAAUCACAAAUCACAAGUAUCAAGACUCAGCGUUGCAGGUUGGAAGAUGAGGUGGUUGAAGCUAAAGAACAUGGAGAGACGGCUGUGAAGGAUGCCAUGUGCAAAUUGAGUGAUGUGGAGGAGGCCCUGCACAAAGCAAAACAGGACAUGGCCUGCCAGUUACGGGAAUAUCAGAGCCUGAUGAAUGUCAAGAUGGCUCUCAACAUUGAGAUUGCUACUUACAGAAAGCUAAUAGAAGGAGAGGAAUGUUGGUUGAAGAGAGGAGACCGUGCAGUGAACAUAUGUGUCCAAAGAAGUGAGGGUGCAAUUGUCGGUGAUGGCAAUUUCCGUCAUGGAUCAGGGCGCAAACUUCCAUGUGAAACCAAGCCCAGCAGCAAAGAUGUUUGUGACAGUGAUAAAGCCACCCCUGGAAGCAGUGUCACCGCAAAAAGUGGCCCUGGAGAUGCUGGAGAUGAGGGAGGCUCUUCGUGUUCCUCUUCACCUGUCCCUCAUUAA